AUGUCUGCUAGGUGUGUCCGGGUGCGUGGAGGCUCUGGCGGCGCACUCUCCCCGGCGAGCCGGAUGUAUCAGGGUGUCCGGCUGUAUUUUUUUCUGUGGAUGCCGGAGGAUGUCCAGAUUUUUAUCUCCCUGAGUGUGUCCACACGUGCCAGUGUCUGGUCGGAACUCUUGCUGUUCUUGGAGGAGUGUGUCCGAGUGUUCCCAGACUGUGAGGCACCCCUGAAGAAGGAGGGUGGCCUCCCAGAAGGGCCAGUCCUCGAGGCUCUGCUGUGUGCUGAGACAGGGGAGAAGAAGAUCGAGCUGAAGGAGGAGGAGACCAUUAUGGACUGCCAGAAACAGCAGUUGCUGGAGUUUCCGCAUGAUCUCGAGGUGGAAGACUUGGAGGAUGACAUUCCCAGGAGGAAGAACAGGGCCAAAGGAAAGGCAUAUGGCAUCGGGGGUCUCCGGAAACGCCAGGACACCGCUUCCCUGGAGGACCGAGACAAGCCGUAUGUCUGUGAUAUCUGUGGGAAACGGUAUAAGAACCGGCCGGGGCUCAGCUACCACUACACCCACACCCACCUGGCUGAGGAGGAGGGGGAGGAGAACGCCGAACGCCACGCCCUGCCCUUCCACAGGAAAAACAACCACAAACAGUUUUACAAAGAAUUGGCCUGGGUCCCUGAGGCACAAAGGAAACACACAGCCAAGAAGGCACCUGACGGCACUGUCAUCCCCAACGGCUACUGUGACUUCUGCCUGGGGGGCUCUAAGAAGACGGGGUGUCCCGAAGACCUCAUCUCCUGUGCGGACUGUGGGCGAUCAGGACACCCCUCGUGUUUACAGUUCACGGUGAACAUGACCGCGGCUGUGCGGACCUACCGCUGGCAGUGCAUCGAAUGCAAGUCCUGCAGCCUUUGUGGCACCUCAGAGAACGACGGUGCCAGCUGGGCGGGUCUCACCUCCCAGGACCAGCUGCUGUUUUGUGAUGACUGCGAUCGGGGUUACCACAUGUACUGCCUGAGUCCCCCCAUGGCGGAGCCCCCGGAAGGGAGCUGGAGUUGUCACCUCUGUCUUCGGCACCUGAAAGAGAAGGCCUCUGCUUACAUCACCCUCACCUAGGCCUGGCUGGCUCACCUGGACCUCCGGGCGGUGCUUGCCACCUGCCUCUCCCAGCCUCUGCUCUCCCCCCUCCCUUGAUGCCCCGCCACGGUGGGGGUGGGGGGAUGCCCCAGGGGGCUGGGCCACCCUCCCUUC